UAAGUUUUUUAUACACACACUUAAAUUGUAGCUACAACUAAAAAUAUAUCAAUCAGUAAAUUAUACAUUUAAACAAAGAGUUGUGUACAGUGCAAACAAAUAAAAUAAACACAGCAACACAAUGCCAACGAUUCCGAAGCGAGCCACUGCGGCCAGCAAAGGCACCGGCAUGGAUUUUCUCAGCACGGGAAUCUCACGCACCGAAGUCACCGAGAUGCAACUGAAAUGGCAGGACAAACCCUGUCCUGCCCCACCCUGUAAACAGGCCUUCUGGUGGGCAAGCCAGCCAAAGCCCGUCAAAAUCAAAGGUUGCCCCAAACCCGUUGUGCCACCGCCGGAGCCAUACAUGAAUAUGAUGUACGACCGUCGCGUCAUUAAGGGCAGCAACUUUGGCACGCCUACAAUGAUUACGGAGGUGGAUCCAUUCGAUAAAGCCGCCGAGCUGCGGCGACGAAAUAUGCUGCGCAAGCGUUCGAUGCAGUGUCGCAAUCAACGCAAUGUCCUCGGCACUCCGCCACCGGUGAAGGGCAGAAAGCACGAAAAUAUGCAGACGGAGAAAUAUUUGGAAAAGCUGGUGCAACGUCCGCCCGAAUUUUCGGUGGACACACAAACCGAUCUGUUUCUGGAGAAGCCGCCGACACCACCCUAUGUGCCAGCCAAGAUUGGCGUUGAUGUGGGCACCGAGAUUGGCGACGGCGAGCUCUUUAACUUUGAUGCCGAGGCUCAGCCCAUCAUCGACGUGCUGGUCGAUGCCUGCAUCGAACAGAGCAUGCUCGAGGUGGCCCACGAAAUGGAACUGCAAGCCUUGCGUCGCAAGCAGGAAGAAUUCCUGGCACAACGUGAGGCAGAGCUGGCUGAGCUGCGACGCCUGGAAGCUGAGGAACUGCGCUUGCAAGCGGAGAAGGAGCGUCGUUUGCGGCAGGAUGCCAUUGCCAAGGAGCUGGAUGCCGAGAUGCAGAAGAGCGUCACAGCUGCUAAACUGUUACAGGGACAUAUUGCCAGCCUGGUGCCUGAGGUGCUGGAGAACAUUGAGCCGGCCAGUGAUGCUGUGAAGAAGGAGCAACUGAUGAAGGAUGUCUGCCCCUGGCUAUCGGCUGAGGUGGCCCAAGAAGUGGGCCACAUUGUGGAUUCCCGUGAAAUCCUAACGGCCAUCAUACAGGAGAUUAUUAAGCAGCGUGCCUCAGCCUACAUGGGCUACAAGGAAGGCGAAUCGGAGGCAUCCACAUCGGAUGUGGGCAUCUGUGAGGAGGAAGGUUGCAUGCCAGAUGGCAUGGAAACGUGCCCCUGUGAGCCGGAAACGGAAAUGACCGAUUGUCCCGAGCCGCCGCCAUCGCCGCCACAUCUAUAAUACGAAGAUUACAAAUGAGUGAUAUGAUUUGGUUUAGUUCAGUUUUUGGAGAGUCGCGAGGAGAACAAAUCCAAAGAGUCGCCGCUUUGUCUUGUGUCUGGCAACAAGCGGGUGCAGUUUUUGAGCCGCAUGUUGCCACACACAACUACAUUGACGCCAAAUCGUUGAAUCACAAGUAAGCAAAUAUUGUUAAAGAUUUAUGUUUUACGCAAAUAUUCAAACAAAAUAAAGCGA